AUGUGGACCCGCAGACCCCUGCCACCUGCCCCAGCCCCCGUGCUGUCACUGGGGGCCUGCCCCAUGCCAAGGGGCACAGAGCCCGGGCUGACCGGGGACCCCGGGGUGAAGGCCACGACCGCCUCCCGGUGUCCACUGUCCAGUCCCAGCAGCCCGGUCCCCACUGCCCGGAACCCAGUGUCCACUGUCCAGUCCCAGCAGCCCGGUCCCCACUGCCCGGAACCCGGUGCCCGCUGCCCGGAACCCGGUGCCCACUACCGGUGCCCGCUGCCCGGAACCCGGUGCCCACUGCCCGGAACCCGGUGCCCGCUGCCUGGAGCCCAGAGCCCGCUUACUGCUGCCCGGAACCCGGUGCCCACUGCCCGGAGCCAGCUGCCCACUGCCUGGAACCUGGUGCCCACUGCCUGGAGCCAGCUGCCCACUGCCCGGAACCCGGUGCCCACUGCCCGGAACCCGGUGCCCACUGCCCGGAACCCGGUGCCCGCUGCCUGGAGCCCAGAGCCCGCUUACUGCUGCCCGGAACCCGGUGCCCACUGCCCGGAGCCAGCUGCCCACUGCCUGGAACCUGGUGCCCACUGCCUGGAGCCAGCUGCCCACUGCCCGGAACCCGCCCAGAGCCCGCUUACUGCUGCCCGGAACCCGGUGCCCACUGCCCGGAGCCAGCUGCCCACUGCCUGGAACCUGGUGCCCACUGCCUGGAGCCAGCUGCCCACUGCCCGGAACCCGGUGCCCACUGCCCGGAACCCGGUGCCCACUGCCCGGAACCCGGUGCCCGCUGCCUGGAGCCCAGAGCCCGCUUACUGCUGCCCGGAACCCGGUGCCCACUGCCCGGAGCCAGCUGCCCACUGCCUGGAACCUGCCCAGAGCCCGCUUACUGCUGCCCGGAACCCGGUGCCCACUGCCCGGAGCCAGCUGCCCACUGCCUGGAACCUGGUGCCCACUGCCUGGAGCCAGCUGCCCACUGCCCGGAACCCGGUGCCCACUGCCCGGAACCCGAGCCCGCUUACUGCUGCCCGGAACCCGGUGCCCACUGCCCGGAGCCAGCUGCCCACUGCCUGGAACCUGGUGCCCACUGCCUGGAGCCAGCUGCCCACUGCCCGGAACCCGGUGCCCACUGCCCGGAACCCGGUGCCCGCUGCCCGGAACCCGGUGCCCGCUGCCCGGAACCCGGUGCCCACUGCCUGGAACCCGGUGCCCGCUGCCCGGAACCCGGUGCCCGCUGCCUGGAGCCCAGUGCCCGCUUACUGCUGCCCGGAACCCGAUGCUUGGAACCCGAUGCCCACUUUCCAGUCCCCGCAGCCCACUGCCCGGCCCCGCUGCCCACUGCCCGGAACCCGCUGCCCGCUGCCCUCGGCCCCUGACCACUGCCCAGAAGCCAACCACGCCGCCGCCGCCGCCGGCCGCACGGAUAGGCGUCCUGUAGGAGGCCGCGCAGCCAGGCGGCGGGGCUCGGAAGCGCCGGGUCCCCGCCGGCGUCGCCGCUCCCUCCGCCUCUCGGACGCCGCCCCCGGCCCGGCGCCCCCCGCCCAGCUCGGUCGGAUCCUGAGCCGCGGAGCCGCCACCGCGGAGCGCCGCCCGCCGCCGCCGCCGCCAGGGGGCGCAGAGCGCGCACCCGCUCCCAGCGCGCCUGCGCGGGCCGCCGUGCCACGUGACCGGCGCCGCCCGCCGUGGGAGCGCUGCUGCGCGUGCGCGGAGGUGAGGGGGCUCGCGCUGGCGAGGGUCGCCGGGGAGGUCGGCGACGUCCUGGUCGUUAGAGUUAAGCGACCUGGAGCGGGAGCCGGGCGGGCGUGGCGGAGGGCGCCCGCGGGCGGCGGGGGCACGGAGGCCGCGGCCCAGAAGCGGUGGGUCCUCCCGUCCGGCCCGGACUCCGCACUGACCUCCUGGCCGCUCGCUCUGACGCGAAGCGCAGAGGUGGACCCGGAGCUGCCCGGCCCCGGCCCUGACCCCGACCCUCUGUCGGCCCCUGACCCCUCUGCCCGGCCCCGACCCCUGCUCCCUCUGCCCGACCCCGGCCCCCGGCCCCUGCCGGCCCCCUGCCGGCCCCGACCCUCUGCCAGGCCCAGCCCCUGCCUGGCCCGGCCCCCGACCCUCUGCCGGGCCCCGGCCCCGGCCCUUGACCCCUCUGCCCAGCCCCGUCGCUUGACCCCGGCCCCUGACCCUCUGCCCGACCCUCUGUCGGCCCCUGACCCCUCUGCCCGGCCCCGGCGUUUGACCCCGACCCCGACCCUCUGCCCAUCCCCGACCCCUGCCGGCCCCGACCCUCUGCCGGCCCCUGCCCUUGACCCCUCUGCCCGGCCCAGCCCCUGCCCGGCCCGUCCCCCGACCCUCUGCCCGGCCCCGUCGCUUGACCCCGGCCCCUGA